AAAAAAUGAAAAUGACGGGAACCUGAGGGGGUUUUUGUGGAUCAAGCAGGUCUUUCCAGGGGCAUAUUUGGCAUUUUGAAAUCUGAAAACCCUUCUUCCCGAUGACUUACGCGGCGCCUCUUUCGUGACCCGUCUUCGGUCUCAGCCCUUCUCAGGUCUCACUCUGAGCCCCUCUCAGGUCUUAGUCUCACCGUCUCAGGUCUCAGCUACUUGGCACAGCCUCAGCAACUCAACCUUACCGUCUCGUCUUCUGUUGGUCGGUGUCGGUUGGCCUCGGCCUUCAUUCCAUUCCACCCUUCUUCAUUCUUAGUCUUCCUCAAUGAUGGCAGAGUAGCAGCUCGAGCUCGAGCUCGUCUUCUUUACUCUUCUCUGAGCUCAGCAGCGAUCGACGGUUCACCUUCGUCUUCUUCACGACUUCACCCUUCAGAUUCAGAACAGUAGCGUAGCGUCGAGUCUUCGCCCUUCUCAUCUUUGUAUCCUCCACUUCCAGUGCCUUUCCAUUGACGAAAUAUUGACUGAAGCAAGCUGGAAGAGUGCUGAAAACCUAACAGUUAAGACAACCAUUGGAGCUCAAAGAUGCCAGGCCCCACUGUAGAAUUGGAGCCAGUGGAGCCUCAAUCACUGAAGAAACUAAGUUUCAAGUCCCUCAAGCGUGCUCUCGAUCUCUUCUCUCCCAUCCAGGGCCAGCUUGCUCCACCUGAUGCCGAGAGCAAGAAAAUUCGCAUUAGCUACAAGGUGAAUGUGGAAUAUGCUGGAAUCAAAAGCACCGCUAAUCAACCUCGUCAACAAUCAGAUCACAGUCAACAACCAGGGCCCUCUAAUGCACUUGCUCUUCCAGGUCCAGAAGAUUCCAAGGAUCCUAAGAAAGGAGCAGCACAAAAUGCUUUGGUAGUUGGCCCAUCUAUGCCAACUCCAGCAUCGAAUGACCUUGGUUUUCCAAGCAAAAGUGCGGCAAUUAUUUCUGCCCCUGGUUCAUCUGAAAGGAAUUUCUCAACAUCUGCUUUAAUGGAAAGAAUCCCUAGUAAAUGGCCACGUCCUGUAUGGCAUGCACCAUGGAAGAACUACAGGGUCAUCAGUGGUCACUUGGGGUGGGUGAGAUCUAUUGCUGUUGAUCCCAGCAAUACUUGGUUUUGUACUGGUUCUGCAGAUCGAACCAUUAAGAUAUGGGAUUUGGCAAGUGGAAGGCUAAAGCUCACAUUAACAGGUCACAUUGAACAAAUAAGGGGCCUUGCUGUUAGCCAAAAACAUACCUACAUGUUUUCUGCUGGUGAUGACAAACAAGUCAAAUGCUGGGAUCUUGAACAGAAUAAGGUUAUCAGGUCUUAUCAUGGUCAUCUAAGUGGUGUUUAUUGCCUGGCUCUUCAUCCUACGAUAGACAUUUUGCUGACUGGAGGACGUGAUUCUGUGUGCCGAGUCUGGGAUAUACGGAGUAAAAUGCAAAUCCAUGCACUAUCUGGUCAUGAUAACACUGUCUGCUCUGUAUUUACCCGCCCAACUGAUCCACAAGUUGUUACUGGUUCCCACGACACUACCAUUAAAUUCUGGGACCUUAGAUAUGGUAAAACAAUGGUAACACUUACAAACCAUAAAAAAUCAGUUCGAGCAAUGGCCCCACAUCCGAAGGAGCAGUGUUUUGCAUCUGCAUCAGCCGACAACAUUAAGAAAUUCAACCUUCCAAAAGGAGAAUUUAUGCAUAACAUGCUCUCUCAGCAGAAAACCAUAAUCAAUGCGAUGGCUGUCAAUGAGGAGGGCGUGAUGGUCACUGGAGGUGACAAUGGGAGUUUGUGGUUUUGGGAUUGGAAGAGUGGUCACAAUUUCCAGCAGGCGCAAACAAUUGUACAACCUGGAUCAUUGGACAGUGAAGCUGGUAUUUAUGCACUGACCUACGAUGCAACGGGUUCAAGGCUGAUUAGUUGUGAAGCUGACAAGACAAUCAAAAUGUGGAAAGAAGACGAAACUGCAACACCAGAAACCCAUCCCCUCAAUUUUAGGCCUCCCAAAGAAAUCCGCCGAUUCUAACUGCUGAGCGACUAUUCAUUAUGUAUCGUCAUCAUGUUUUGUAAAGAUUUUCCGAGUGCUGCUGCUUGUAAGUUUCAGCCCCUUUUCUAUUUCGAUUAAUAUUAUUCGUAAACAGUACGUGGUGCACACUAACAUGGUUUACAUGAGCUGCUGCUUCCCUUUAAAUUCUACUAUUCACAUAAGAGAGGACAAAUCUUGAAGACGA